AUGGAGAAGCAGAACGUGGAUUUCGGCAAGGUGCUCUUGGAGAUCCAGGAGUCGUUGGUGGCGCUGAAUCAUGCACAAGCCGAGACUCAAGCGGCGGUCGUCAAGUUGGAACAAGGAGCCAGCAGUUGGAAACCUCAAGUGGAAGCCGCGGUUCAAGAGCUGCGUGGGGAGGUCGAAGAGAUCAAGCAGCAAUUGGAUCUCAUUGGCAAAUCACAGCAAGCUUCCGCAUCGGCGUCUUCCCCUUGGGUUCCGUCGACAGACGGGGAAAGGAAGGCGCCACUGCUGCCCACGCCACCGCCAAAUUCUCUUAUGGCCUCGGUGGAGGGCGGAAGCAAAUCGGCUCAAAGCCAUCAUCAGCUUCAGAAUCACCGGGGAAAGACUUCAGGAGGAAACAUGACCCUAGGUCCAACCCCGGUCAAGGGUACGUAUGACUCACACUCCUUCCAGUUUCCAAAAUUUGAGAGUUCGGGGGUUGAAGGUGGAGAAAUUGACUUCGAAUUUGGGGAGAGACAAUAUAAUCACCGUGUUCCAAAGUUGGAUUUCCCUAAAUUCGAUGGGUUAGAUCCCCAGGACUGGCGCAUGAAGUGUGAGCAUUAUUUCGAUGUGAAUAACACGUUUCCUGGUUUGUGGGUGAGGGUAGCAACCAUCUACUUUGUGGGAAGGGCUGCAUCUUGGUUAAGAUCUUCUAGAGCUCAUUUGCGUUUUCCUAUAUGGGGGGAUUUUUGUGCUGCUGUGUCGGAAAAAUUUGAUCGCGACCAGCAUGAAAAUUUGAUUAGGCAAAUGGAUAGUAUUAAGCAGUCGGGAACGGUUUGGGAGUUUUAUGAGAGAUUUGCUGAGCUAAUGAAUCAACUAUUAGUUUAUGACCCUGGGGUGAGUGCAAAAUAUUUGACUCAUCGAUUCAUUGAAGGGCUGCGAAGAGAGAUUCGUAAUCCUGUACUUUUACAGAGACCAAAGACCCUCGAAACUGCUCUGUCUGUUGCUUUGUUACGGGAAGAGGUGUUGGAGAAUCCUCAAGUUUCCAGUGUUAAGGAAGUCAAGAGAAUGGAAGGCAACUCUGGUUUUCGAUCGGCAGGCAAGGGACCGUGGCCGUUGCCGCAACCACCAGGGAAGAGUGGAAGUUUCUCUUUGAUGAAUCGUCCUAAAGAGAAGAGAAGCACUGAUACUGUUCGCAGUCCAACAAAUUCGACAGAUAAAGUGACUACUCUCAAGGCUUAUCGCCGAGCCCAGGGAUUGUGUUAUAUUUGUGCAGAGAAAUGGUCCCCUACUCAUAAGUGUUCAGCCUCAGUUCAACUCAAUGUGGUUCAGGAGCUGUUCAGUCUCUUUAUGGAGGAGGGAGCUCAGGAAAGUCGGGAAACCUCAAUUAUAUCAGAUGCUGAAACGGGUGAACUAAUGGCAAUUUCAGUGCAGGCAGUACAAGGUUCUGAGCCAGAUGGAACUAUGCGCAUUUUAGGACAAGUUCAAGGAAAACAAGUGUUAAUUCUAGUGGAUUCAGGCAGCUCAGUGAGUUUUAUCAGUUCACAGAUAGCAGCUGGUCUAAAAGGGAUACAAUCUCUUCCUCGACAAUUGUCAGUCAGAGUUGCUAAUGGUGGUACACUCUGUUGUGAUGCUAUGAUUCCUCAGUGUGAAUGGCAAGUGCAGGGUCACAGAUUUAGAACCACUUUGAGAAUUUUGCCUCUUAACAGCUAUGACAUGAUUUUGGGAAUGGAUUUGCUGAAGGAGCACAGUCCAAUGUUAGUUAAUUGGUCUCAGAAAACUAUCAGAAUUAAUUUGCUGGGAGCAAUGGUGACUCUAACAGGGGUUCAGUCUGAACUGUCUAGGUGUGAAUUGUUAUCAGCUAAGGAGAUGCAGCAAUUGCAACAGAAACAGGCAGUAGCCCAUAUGGUUCAGCUUUGUUCUCUCUCUCAAGAUGAGGAAUCUGAAGAAAUACCAAAUGAAAUUCAGUUAUUACUUCAGGAGUAUGCAACUGUUUUUGCUGAACCAAAGGGGUUGCCUCCCACAAGACAAUUCGAUCACACAAUUCCUCUAAUACCAGGGGCACAACCGGUGAAUGUCAGACCCUAUCGUUAUACACCCGCCCAAAAAGAUGAGAUCGAAGCUCAAGUGACUGAAAUGUUACAGAAUGGCAUCAUACAACACAGUUCUAGUCCUUUUGCAUCUCCUGUACUGUUGGUUAAGAAGAAAGAUGGAUCAUGGCGAUUCUGUGUUGAUUAUCGCCAUCUCAACGCGAUUACAGUUAAGAAUAAGUAUCCCUUGCCAAUUAUUGACGAGUUACUUGACGAAUUGUCAGGUGCUCAGUGGUUUACAAAGUUGGAUUUGCGAGCGGGAUAUCAUCAGAUUCGAAUGAAGACUGAAGAUGAACACAAAACAGCAUUUCGCACUCAUAAUGGUCAUUUUGAGUUUAGGGUACUUCCAUUUGGCUUGACUAGUGCACCAGCCACUUUUCAAGGGAUCAUGAACAAUAUUCUAUCCUCAUUACUUCGACGCUGUGUGCUUGUGUUCGUUGACGACAUCUUAAUCUACAGUCGCACUCUUGCUGACCAUAUCAACCAUUUAAGGGCUGUUUUCCAAAUUUUGGUUAAACAUGGUCUGAAAGUUAAACAGAGCAAAUGCUCUUUUGCUCAACAGAAACUGUCUUAUUUGGGUCACAGAAUCAGUCCAAAUGGGGUUGCUACUGAAGAAGAUAAAAUAAAGGCUGUUAAAGAUUGGCCCACUCCUAAGUCACUAAAGGACUUGAGAAGCUUCCUUGGGUUAGCAGGUUAUUACCGAAAGUUUGUGCAAAAUUUUGGUAUUUUCAGUAAACCAUUGACAAAUCUGUUGCGCAAGGGUCAGCCUUUCAUUUGGAAUACUGUGACAGAUGCAGCUUUUCAAACCCUCAAGCAAGCACUGAUGUCAGCUCCUGUUCUUGCAAUGCCGGAUUUCUCCUUACCAUUUGUGGUUGAAACCGAUGCAUCAGAUAAAGGGAUUGGCGCUGUGUUGAUGCAGAAUGAUCACCCUAUAGCCUUCCUCAGUAAAGCUUUGGGACCUCGGCAUUGGGGUCUUUCUACCUAUGACAAGGAGAGUUUGGCUAUCAUGAUGGCAGUGGAUCACUGGAGAUCAUAUUUACAACAUGAUGAAUUCUUUAUCAGGACAGAUCAUCGCAGUCUCUCAUUUUUGGCUGAACAACGGCUGACCACGCCUUGGCAGCAUAAGGCUCUUACAAAAUUGUUGGGACUUCAGUACAAGAUCAUUUAUAAAAAGGGUGCUGAUAACAAUGCUGCUGAUGCUUUGUCUCGCUGUCCUGUACCUGAAUCUGUUGCUCUAUCAGCUCUUUCUGUUUGUGUUCCCGAAUGGACACAAGAAGUAAUUGAAGGUUAUCAUCAGGAUCCUGAUUCUGCCAGUAAAGUUCAAACGCUGUGCAUCAAUAGUUCUGCCAUUCCUGACUUCACACUUAAAAAUGGUCUGCUAUACUUCAAGGGCAGAAUGUGGAUAGGACAUAAUGUGCCUGUGCAACAAAAGAUUUUAGCCAAUUUGCAUACAGCUGCUAUUGGUGGACAUUCCGGAAUUACAGUGACUUAUCACCGAAUCAGACAACUUUUUGCUUGGACAGGUCUUCGUGCAGAUGUUGCAAAAUUUGUUCAACAGUGUGAUAUCUGUCAGAAGGCUAAGGUGGAACAUGUCAAGUAUCCAGGUGCAUUACAACCGUUGCCGGUUCCGGAACAGUCUUGGCAAAUUGUUUCUUUGGACUUCAUUGAGGCCUUGGACAUUGCUGAGGCAUACAUGCAGCACAUUCAUCGCUUACAUGGAUUACCAGAGGCUCUUAUUUCAGAUCCUGCAGCUGCUUGUACAGCACCAGAGUUGGUUGAUUGGCUGCAUGAAAGGGAUAAGAUGCAAACUCUCAUUCGAGAACAUGUGCUGCGAGCUCAAAUGAGAAUGAAACAUCAGGCUGAUUUAAAGAGAUCGGAGCGCUCCUUCUCUGUUGGCGAUUGGGUUUUGGCCAAGGUGGGAACUGUGGCUUACCGUCUGGCACUGCCAGAUUCCAGUUUAAUUCAUCCGGUGGUUCACGUCUCCCAACUCAAGAAGGCUUUGGCUCCCGUAGAACGGGUACAGUCUCAUUUACCCGUUUUGCCUGCUGAUGAAGCUGCAGACAUUUCGCCUUGUCAGGUGUUGAAUCACAGGCUUGUUCGCAAAGGAGCUAAACUGGUGAAACAAGUUCAGGUCUGUUGGUCCCGCCAAGAUCCCGCCGCCGUCACCUGGGAGAAUCUUCAGGAACUACGUCAACGCUUUCCACAGGCCGAAGCUUGGGGACAAGCUUCAUUUCAAGGGGGGGAGAAUGUCAUGACGACUACUUCAUCUGAUCCACCCAAAGGCACGGAUGAUCAAGGCGACGAACCAAUCUCACACAAUGGGUAG